UGGAAUUGUAAAAUCCAGUAACCACUGACCCCAGUCCUGUUUCAGCCUUAACGUUGGACCUUCACAGCUUUGCCACGUCGGCCAGAGAGCAGUACCAGAAGCUGAAGGUCAUGCACGGCAACAUGGGAAUCCUCUAUCAGAACAUGCUGGACUACUUUGCCAUGGACUCCAAGAAGACCUCUGUAGAGGAACUGUUCACAGACCUCAGCAACUUCAGAACCAUGUUCCUG